AUGGCAACUGCAGCGACCCUGACCCCUACGACACCUUCGGAAGGUCCGUACCAGAGAAGAAAGAGGUCUCGAUCGCGUUCACCCGAAAAUGCUGAACAGCCUCCCACUUCCCGGCGCAGGUCUCUGUCGCCUCCACCAAAAGCGCGCCUGGUCGAGCUUCCAAAAGUUAACGACGCUGACCCCGUGCGGCGGGCGGAGCGGGAGCGGGAGGUGGCAGCGCGAAUGGCCGCGAGCGAGCUGGAGAGGAUGGAGAAGGAUAAAAGCAAGGACAAGGACAAGGAAUCCGAUGCGAGGGCCGAGUUCGCAAAGCUUACGGGUACGCGCUCCGGCGGGGUGUACAUGCCCCCUGCUCGCCUGCGUGCGUUGCAGGAGGCCGCGUCCAAGGACAAGACCAGCGCGGAGUAUCAGCGACUCUCGUGGGACGCCCUGCGCAAGUCCAUCACCGGUAUCGUCAAUCGUGUCAACAUUGCUAACAUCAAAAAUGUCGUCCCCGAGCUGUUCGCGGAGAACCUCAUCAGGGGACGUGGCUUGUUUGCACGGAGCGUCAUGAAAGCGCAGUCGGCCAGUUUACCAUUCACGCCUGUCUUCGCGGCACUCGUGGCAAUCAUCAAUACCAAGUUACCUCAGGUUGGAGAGUUGGUGCUGACUCGGCUGAUCAGCCAGUUCAGGCGGUCAUUUAAGCGGAAUGAUAAGAUUGUGUGCCACUCUACAACAACUUUCAUCGGCCAUCUGGUCAAUCAAGGCGUCGCACACGAAAUCAUCGCUCUUCAAAUUCUCGUAUUGCUGCUAGAACGUCCCACGGAUGACUCUAUCGAGAUUGCUGUGGGUUUCACACGCGAGGUUGGUGCGUUCCUGGCGGAGAACUCGCCCAAGGCCAACGCUACGGUGUUCGAGCGCUUCCGUGCGGUCCUGAACGAGGGCUCCAUCAGCCAACGUGUGCAGUACAUGAUCGAGGUGCUCAUGCAGGUGCGGAAGGAUAAGUACAAGGACAACCCUAUCGUUCCGGAAGGCUUAGACUUGGUCGAAGAGGAUGACCAGAUUACGCACCAAAUUCAGCUCGAGGAGGAGCUGCAGGUGCAGGAGGGGCUGAAUAUCUUCAAGUUCGAUCCAAAUUACCUGGAGAACGAGGAGAAAUACAAGGCGAUUAAGGUUGAGAUCCUGGGCGGCUCGUCGGAAGAGGAGUCUGGUUCGGAGGAGUCAUCUGAUGAAGACGAUGAGGAGGCUGUGGAGGAACAGGCUGGGAUCGAGGACCGCACUGAGACGAACCUGCUCAAUCUUCGCAGAGUGAUCUAUCUCACGAUCAUGAACGCAUUAAAUUACGAAGAAGCGGUGCAUAAACUGCUCAAGGUCCAGAUCAAGGAGGGCCAGGAGCUUGAGAUGUGCAACAUGAUCAUCGAGUGUUGCUCGCAGGAGCGAUCGUACUCGACGUUCUAUGGCCUGAUCGGCGAGCGCUUUUGCAAGCUGAACAGGGUGUGGAACGAAUGCUUCGAGCAGGCGUUCGAAAACUAUUACACGACGAUCCACCGGUACGAGACGAACCGACUGCGGAACAUUGCGCGGUUCUUCGGGCAUCUGUUCGCGACGGACUCGAUCUCGUGGGUGGCGAUGUCGUGCAUCCUACUCACGGAGGACGACACGACGUCGUCAUCGCGCAUAUUCAUCAAGAUCAUGCUGACCGAGAUGACCGAAUCGAUGGGCGUCAAGACUCUUGUGGAAAGGUUCAAGGAUGACGAGGUCAAGCGUGCCUGCCAGGGCAUGUUUCCCAUGGAGAACCCGAAGAACACGCGGUUCGCCAUCAACUAUUUCACGAGUAUCGCGCUCGGAGCUGUCACAGAGGAGAUGCGCGAGCACCUUAAGAAUGCCCCGCGACUCAUCAUGGAGCAACGUCGCGCGAUGUUGGAAGCAGAGUCUUCGUCUUCCGAUUCUUCAUCCGACGAGGACUCGGACCCAGAUGACGACAGCGAUUCAGACACAGAAAAUGACUCCGAGUCCGAUUCAGAAGACUCCAGGCGCGGCGAGCGACGACGCCGCUCGGAGACUCCUCCGAAGAAGCAAGUGCGCGGCCGCGGAGACUCAUACUCUCCCCCGCCGCGAGGUAGCCGCCGGUUUCGCGACGAUUCGCUCUCGCCGCCCCGACGUGACCGUCGCUCCCCGACGCCGCCCGUGCGUUAUCGCAACGGUGACAGAGAACAGGAGAGAGACAGGGACGAGCGGGACGACCGCUAUCGCUCGCGCCGCGAGACUCCGCCGCACCGCAGGGAUUACUCCCCGGAUAGGCGCGAUAGGGACAGAGAUCGUGAUCGCGACCGGCGCGACCAUGCGCGUUAUCCCCCGCCUUCGCCGUCACCCCCGCGCCGUUCGCGGUAUGACCGUCGUUCGCGCUCGCGGUCGCUUCCUCGCCGGGAUUAUGAUAAGCGCGACGACUAUAGGCGAAGAAGGAACGAUUCGAGGGAUGACUCAAGAGAGAGGGAGCGAAGGAGAUCAAUCUCAAGGGAGCGAUAUGGGCGGGAUUCUCGGCGGUGA